UUUUUUUUCGGGUAGUAUAGUCCUUUUCGUACGUGUAAACAGUAAAACGAAUCAGAUAAGCUUUUUGCCUCGAAGAAUCUGAAGAAAGAUAUCCCCGACCAACCAUUUGAGCCCUUGUAACUGAACCGAAGCAGAGAAAGCAGUGAUGGAAACCUUUUCCUAUCCAAGACCACAUCCCUUAUCCUCACUCUCUUCAACUUCACUAAGCUCAUCAAAACACCUUCUUCAACUCCCAAUCUUAACACCAACAUAUAGGAACCAAUCUCGUCAACUACAAUUUACCUCAAUCUCCGCAACUCUAAAAGCUCCAAGAGGCUUCGGACCAUCCCCAAAAAAGGCCAAGAAGACCAAGACACCAAAGAAAGACUAUGAUGAAGAGGAAGAUGAUGAUGAUGAUGAUGAUGAAGAGGAAGAAGAUCGAGUAGAAGGAGUUAUACCAGAGAUAGUCACCAACAGAAUGAUGAGCAGAAUGGGAUUUUCAGUGGGUGUCCCUUUGUUUAUAGGGCUAUUGUUCUUCCCAUUCUUUUACUACCUGAAAGUUGGGUUGAAGAUAGAUGUGCCCACUUGGAUACCCUUUAUUGUAUCAUUCAUCUUCUUUGGGACAGCCCUUUUGGGGGUUAGCUAUGGGAUUGUGUCAUCCAGUUGGGAUCCUUUGAGAGAAGGGUCAUUCUUGGGUUGGAAUGAAGCUCAGAAGAAUUGGCCUGUGUUCUGGCAGUCAAUUUGGGGUGGUGGAUCAAAGAAGAAGAAGUAGAACUUGUACAAUCUGCUGUUAUUGCAUAAUCAUUCAUCAACAAUUAAUGCCCCUUUUCUGGGAAUGACUUGCCUAAAUUUUGAUGAUUGCCUUCUCUACAUUUCUUUAGUUCAUAUACUCCACAACACAAGACCCCAUUUAUUUUCCCCUACAUAUAAUGGCUUUGCCGUUUGUAGUUGUUGCCAUUGAUUUCCGUUUUCUUUUCUUAUUUUACUUCUUGAAGUAUCGCCUGGAUGAGAAAUGUUCUGGCUGUUAUUGAUAGUAAAUAAGUAGCUGAGAAGGGACAUCAAAUUAUUGAAAGCAAAGGUCUAAUCUCCA